CCACGUGGUCUGGGCCUGCGCCGCUCGCCUGCUCUUUGGGUGCAGCAUCUUGGGCGGCUUCCUCUGCAGUCGAGGGUCCCCGGGGCCGGCCUGUGUCCGCCCCUCUGGUCGCUCGCUGCUGCCUGCUCUCAGAUUGUUGUUGGGCUUUGGCAGCCCGAGGCGUCCUGGGGGCGCAGGCUGUGUUGUCCUCUUUACCAGCGUGGCCGAGCCCGUGGUAGCAUCCGGCAGGGAAAUGGUCGUGGUUUCGGUGCCCGCCGAAGUCACAGUUAUCCUGUUAGAUAUCGAAGGUACCACAACCCCGAUUGCUUUCGUGAAGGACACUUUAUUCCCUUACAUCAAAGAAAACAUUAAGGAGUACCUGCAGACACACUGGGAUGAGGAGGAGUGUCAGCAGGAUGUCAGCCUGCUGAGGAAACAGGCUGAAGAAGAUGCACACCUGGAUGGGGCUGUUCCGAUCCCUGUGGCAUCAGGAAAUGCUGCGGAUGAGCUGCAGCAGAUGGUCCAGGCCGUGGUGGAUAAUGUGUCCUGGCAGAUGUCUCAUGACCGGAAGACCACAGCACUCAAGCAACUGCAGGGCCACAUGUGGAAAGCGGCUUUCACAGCUGGCCGCAUGAAGGCAGAGUUCUUCGCAGACGUGGUCCCAGCAGUCAGAAGGUGGAGAGAGGCUGGAAUGAAGGUGUACAUCUACUCUUCAGGGAGCGUAGAGGCUCAGAAACUGCUCUUUGGGCAUUCUACAGAAGGAGAUAUUCUUGAGCUUAUUGAUGGCCACUUUGACACCAAGAUUGGACACAAAGUGGAGAGCGAGAGUUACCGAAAGAUUGCAGACAGCAUUGGGUGCUCAACCAGCAACAUCUUGUUUCUCACAGAUGUUACUUUAGAGGCCAGUGCUGCCGAGGAAGCAGAUGUGCACGUCGCUGUGGUGGUGAGGCCUGGCAACGCGGGAUUGACAGACGAUGAGAAAACAUACUACAACCUCAUCACAUCCUUCAGCGAGCUAUACCUGCCGUCAACAUAGAGCAGGUUCUGAGGAAGAUGAAACUGUUCCCCCUAAUGUCUAGCUUUAUUCUAAUUGUAAAAGUAACUUACUUAUAUGUACACACAGACAGAUGCAAGUGUAUAUACAUGUAUGUGUGCUCAGAUUAAUUUCCACGGGCACAUAGGUGAGCAAAGUUGUCAGUUCCGGGAGAUUCAAAUUCAUGUAAGGAUGCUUUAUCUGUAGACCAUAACUCUAAGUCUUACCAAGGCCAGAGUGUAUUUGCUAGAAGGAACUGCAAAACCACAAAUCAAAUGUGGGUGUUUAUCAAAUUGUUUACUGGAAUGGGAAGGUGGUUUUGAGAAAUGAUUAUCCAGAGACCUUGUUAUUUUAAAAACUGGCAGUGCUUCAGACGCAUCCAUAAGAGGAACCCACCGACCCCGCCUCCUUGUGAGUUCGAAUCACACUGCUGCACCCAGGCUCACUUGCCUGUGUACACGAGACAGGCAUUGGUUUCUGGUCAGAGUGGUUUUGAUCGGUAAGGUAUCGGGGUGCGAGGCGGCACACAUCCUCCGGAGCAGAGUGCGUGGAACAGCUAAGGUCGCGGUUGCUCCACUAACCCGCCCCCGCCGCGUCCGCACUGUUUUAUAGUUGCCUUCUGUGUCCUGCAUAGCUGGAGAAUAUAUGUCAAUGACUAUUUUCUAAAAAUAUCUUAUUGAAACAAGUGUGACACCACAAAGAGCUCUAGUGUGUAAUAUUUCCUCUGAAAUGGGUGUGAAGAUGUAAAUUUUAUAACAGCAUCGUUUAUCUCAGUGCCAUUCUGACAGGGUGAUGUCGGUGUCGUGUGAUUAGUUAAUAAAGGCAUUUUCCUCUUUCA